AGAGAAUCCCCUCAAUUUUCUAGAGAGAGAAAGCUCGAGAACCUCGAGCAUCCACAACAAGCAUGCCGAAGAACAAGGGAAAGGGAGGAAAGAACCGCAAGAGAGGAAAGAACGAAGCCGAUGACGAGAAGCGCGAGCUCGUUUUCAAAGAAGACGGUCAGGAAUACGCUCAGGUUCUCCGCAUGCUCGGUAACGGUCGCUGCGAAGCCAUGUGCAUCGACGGAACCAAGCGUCUUUGCCAUAUCCGCGGUAAGAUGCACAAGAAGGUUUGGAUCGCCGCCGGUGACAUCAUCCUCGUUGGUCUCAGGGAUUAUCAGGACGAUAAGGCUGACGUCAUCUUGAAGUACAUGCCCGACGAGGCUCGGUUGCUGAAGGCGUACGGUGAGCUUCCCGAUGGUGUUAGGCUUAACGAAGGAAUCGGUGGUGGCCUUGAUGAGGAGGACGAUGGUACUGGUAAUGAUUACAUCGAGUUUGAGGAUGAGGAUAUUGAUAAGAUUUGAGGGGAUGGAAACAAAGGUUUGGUUUUUAGGGUUUCGGGAAAUUGAAAUUGAAAUUGGGGAUACCCUAAUAGCUCAAAUUGGGAACGAGAAGAAGACGACAAUAGAAUUACUAUUGUGUUACUUUUAUUAAUAUUACUAUUAUUAUUAUUACUGCUGCUUCUGUUACUUUUUUAAUUUUCAUGUAAUGCUUGGAGCUUUUUAUUAGUUGUGUACUGUGAGAUAUGGAUAUGGAUUUGGUGGAAUUUGAAUGAAAUAAUAGCUGAGUUAUGUUGUUAUCUUUUU